AUGUCUAGACCACCUAUUUUGAUUUCCGAAUUGAAACCUGAUCAAAAAUUUUGGAAGAUAGCAAUUCGUGUUAUCGAUGUAUGGGACGGGGAUCAGAUCCAUGUUGUAACCCGCUCCCGUGAUUUUGAGCUUUGGAAGAAGACUUUACAGGAAAUGCAAACCUAUAUAGUCUAUAAUGGUGAAACUAUGAUCAAUGAAAUGCAUAUGAAAGUUUGUGAUAACAAAUACAAGGUGUUUUUUAAUCGUGCGACAACUGUCACUGCCGUUGACGUACUAGACAUUCCAGAACAUAGCUUUAACUUCAAGUCAUUUUCUGACUUCUUGAGUGGAGAGUUCAUCGUUGAUCGCCUUUACGACAUAAUAGGCGUUGUGCAACAUGUUGCUAGGACACAAGUUGCAGGUGCUGGGAAAAAAGCCUGCGUGAACCUCACUUUAGGGGCUGAGAUGGAUGUUACUCUAUGGGAAGGUUAUGCUAGCCAGUUUAUGAAUUACAAGGCUGAAAGUGGACAUGUGUUUCUCAUCCUCACUCAUGCUUGGUGCCAAGUGAGCUCAUCAAAUGGGAAGCUUAACAUUUCCAAUGCCUGGAGUGGAUCUAAACUGCUACUAAAUCAUGACCAUCCACAUGUUGAGGAAUUUAAAACAAAAUUUCUGGAUUUUAAUCAAGAACAAACUGCUACCCAUACAUUUUCUCUGAAUUCAUGUUCACAAGGAGCAGUUGACGACAUGGCUUUUUCAUUCACCAAGGAUGUCAUCAGCAUUGCUGACAUGACAACUCUUACUGAGGAAACCUAUUGCAAUACUGUUGGGAAGACUAUGAGGUUCAGGGCGAACCCAUUCGGAUGGUUUUAUGAGUUGUGUCCAACAUGUAACAAAACCAAUUCAUCUCCCGGUAACCCAUUCCGGUGCAAAUGCUCUGAUAAUAACUCAGUUCCAAUCACUAAGUAUAAAAUCGAGAUCGAGGUGGAACACGAUUCCAAGACCGUGAAUUUUGUCUUUUGGGACAAGGAAUGCAUCCCUUUUGUUGGAAUGUCUGCUCAUGCUCUGAGACAGCUCAUGAAAAAGACAAAUGAGGAUCACCCAUUGAUUUAUCCCGAACACCUGGACCAUUUGUUGGGCAAAGAUUUUGAUUUUCGCGCUAAGUACUAGCCGUAUUACAAACAAGCAUCU